AUGCCAUUUUUGGGCCAAGACUGGAGGUCCCCUGGAUGGAGAUGGGUUAAAACAGAAGAUGGGUGGAAACGAUGUGAACUCUUCAGUCCUGCACUUGAGGAUGGGAAUAAUCAGCUGAAUGAAAUCAGUCACACUGUCAUCUUAACUGGUGAUGAUGAAGAUGAAGAAAUAUACAGUUCUGAAGAUUGUGAGUUUGCAGCCAAGAAAAGGAAAAAAGAUCAUUUUAGGAAUAACACAGAUUCGCAGUGUUUUUAUCGUGAAAAGUGGAUUUAUGUUCAUAAAGAAAGCACCAGGGAGAGACAUGGCUAUUGCACUUUGGGAGAAGCUUUUAACCGCUUAGACUUUUCAAGUGCCAUUCAGGACAUCAGAAGGUUCAAUUACGUGGUCAAACUUUUGCAGUUAAUUGCAAAGUCCCAGUUAACUUCACUGAGUGGCGCAGCACAGAAAAACUACUUUAGCAUUUUGGACAAAAUUGUGCAGAAGGUCAUGGAAGACCAAUAUAACCCGCGAUUAAUCAAAGAUCUUCUGCAGGACCUGAGUUCUACUCUCUGUAUACUGAUUAGGGGAGUAGGAAAAUCUGUGUUGGUGGGCAACAUCAAUAUUUGGAUUUGCCGAUUAGAAACUGUCCUCCUGUGGCAACAACAACUAAAAAACCUUCAGAUGGACAAGGUAAAUAAUGCUAAAGAAAUAAUUUG